ACAUUUGCAUUUGGCAUCUCAUUCCAUUCACUCACUCACUCGCAUACCUCCAACACCCACCUCUCUAGUUCUCUUCUUCUUCAUCUUAGGGGUGCACUGAGAUCACUUUAAACCAUGGCAAAGGGCGUUGCUGUGCUUUGCUCCAGUGAGGGUGUUGCUGGAACUAUCCUCUUCACCCAAGAGGGAGAUGGCCCAACUACUGUGACCGGAAACAUUACUGGCCUCAAGCCUGGGCUUCAUGGUUUCCAUGUUCAUGCUCUUGGGGACACCACAAAUGGUUGCAUGUCAACUGGACCACACUUCAAUCCUGCUGGCAAAGAGCAUGGUGCUCCUGAAGAUGAGAAUCGUCAUGCUGGUGAUCUUGGAAAUAUCACUGUUGGGGAUGAUGGAAAGGCUUGCUUCACAAUUGUUGACAAGCAGAUUCCUCUCACUGGACCACACUCUAUCAUUGGUAGGGCUGUUGUUGUCCAUGGAGACCCUGAUGAUCUUGGCAAGGGUGGACAUGAGCUUAGCAAAUCCACUGGAAAUGCUGGUGGCAGGAUAGCUUGUGGUAUCAUUGGUCUGCAGGGAUGAAGUGGACCAGGGAAUGAAACACAGGCACCUCAGUUGGAUUAAAGCCUAAGACGUUGAGCAUGAACUCUUCUGAAUUAACUGAAUCGUAUCGGAAUAAAUAAUACAUUUGGCAAUACCCAUAUACUUGGCUUGGACCCUGUAUUCCGUUUCUGUGUAGUUGUUUGACAGUAAUGUGUGUUCAUGCUAUUGCCAAAAGUUAAAUAGAGUACUUUGCUUGCUUUUAUGCUUAACUCGAUUUCUAAGGGACUAAAUUUUUGACCCUAAACCCCAAACCUCCUACCAGUAUUGUUAGCACUACCAGUACCGUUAGCAGAAUUGGCAUGCUCUUGGACUUCAAAGGCUUUACCGCUAUGGUCAAAUUCCGACAUUGACGAUGUACCCUAAACUUUAAAACAUCAUGUCACCGGUUCCGGCCGAAAGUUUAGGGUUGGAAUCGGUUCAAUAUGUUCCAGUUUUCCGCUCUAUUCACGAGAACAAAUUUACAGAUCAUUUUGUGCUUGUCCAUCUUUAUUCAUAACGCAAAUCAUCAAA